AUGUUGCUGCAAGGAAAGUGGCAACAGCUUGCCGCGCUCGUGGCGGUGCUGCCCAGCCUGGUCCAGGCGCUGCCCAGCAGCCUCGGCUUCGACAACCAGCUCGACUCGGCCUCGCUCUUUGAGCGCGAAGUCAUCGUCCCAGACACGGACCCGACCACCGAGAUCACUUUUACCGGCUCCAAGUCGCCUGAGAAGCGCCGAUGGCCCCAGGGUUUCCACUUUGCCACCGACUACUACCCCAACCAGUGGCCCGAGUUCCUGUGGGAGAGCGACGCCGAGCGCAUGGCCAACGCCAGCCUGUCGUACGUCCGGAUCAACGAAUUUGACUGGGCCAUCCUCGAGCCCGAGGAGGGCAAGUACGACUUCUCGACCCUCGACCGCUCCAUCGAGGUGCUCGGGUCCAAGGGCCUCAAGGUCAUCCUCGGCACCCCGACGGCCACGCCGCCCAUCUGGGCCGUGCGCAACUACGACAUCCUCGGCGCCGACACCCAGGGCCGCGAGCGCAGGUUCGGCAGCCGCCGACACUACUCGUUCUCGGCGCCCGACUACCGCAUGCUGAGCAAGCGGAUCACGACGGCGCUCGCCAAGCGCUACGGCAACAACGAGCACGUCGUCGGCUGGCAGCUCGACAACGAGUUUGGCUGCCACGGCACCACGCGCACCUACGACAAGCACGCCGAGAAGCGCUUCCAGGGCUGGCUGCAAGACAAGUACAACCACAACAUCACCCUCUUCAACCAGAGGCAGGGCCGCGUCUUCUGGUCGCAGGACUACCAGUCGUUUGACCAGAUCAAGGUGCCCCUGCUCGAGGUCACGGAGAGCACGCCCGCCCACCGCCUCGACUUCUACGACUUUAGCUCGGACAUGGUCAUCGAGUUUGCAAAGGAGCAGACCGACAUCAUCCGCCAGCACAGCGACCGAUUCAUCACGACCAACUUCAUGGGCUACUACAACGACUUUGACCACUACAAGUUCGCCAAGUCGAUCGGCAUGGACCUCGCCACCUGGGACUCGUACCCGCUCGGCAACACCGAGCAGUUCUCUUGGAUCAGCGACGAUGACAAGCUGCGAUACGGACGCACCGGCAUGCCCGACUCGCAGUCGCUCAUGCACAACCUCUACCGCGGCAUCAGCGGCGCCGCCUACAACAAGACGGCCGGCCCCUGGGGUAUAAUGGAGCAACAGCCAGGUCCCGUCAACUGGGCUCCUUUUAAUCCUUCCCCGCGCGACGGCAUGCCGCGAAUGUGGGCCCACGAGAUCCUGGCCCACUCGGGAACCAUGGUCAACUACUUCCGAUGGCGCGAGGUGCCGUACGCGCAGGAGCAGAUGCACGCCGCCUUCAACCUGCGCAACAACGAGCCCGACGUCCUCUUCUUCGAGCAGCAGAAGAUUGUCAACGAGGACCUGCCGGCGCUGCAGAAGUCGGGCCUGACCGAGGGCGAGGCCAAGGAGGGCGGCAGCAACAAGUCGCAGGCGCCCGUCUUUGCCGAAGAGCCCCAGGCCGACGUGGCCCUCGUGUGGGACUACAAGGCCCAGUGGCUGCUCGAGGUCGAGCCCCAGUCGGGAACCUGGGACACGAACUCGAACACGUUCACCAACCCGUCGAUGUACUACAACUCGCUCGUCUACAACUGGUACUCUGCGCUGCGCCGCCUCGGCCUGUCGGUCGACGUCAUCGGGCCGUACACCAAGCUCGACGGCUACAAGAUGGUGGCGGUGCCCACGAUGCCCAUCGUCCACGACGAGUUUGACAAGUCGUUCAGCAAGUUCAACGGCACCGCCGUGUUUGGGCCGCGCUCGGCGAGCAAGGUGGCCACGCUCGACAUCCCCGACGGCCUGAUCCCGGCCGCGGGCGCUGUGCGCGAGGCGCUGCCGAUGGUCGUGACGCGCGUCGAGACGACCAAGCCGGGCUUUGGCGACAUGAUUUCCUACGCGGGCGAGCAGUACAACAUCUCGGGCUGGUCCGAGUGGAUCCAGUGCUCGCGCGGCAGCCGCCAGGCGAGCGUCGCGGCCGACCAGGGCGCCGCCUACCACGGCUACCGCGACGGCAAGCCCAUCACGUGCGCCCACGACGACGGCAAAAAGACGACCCACUACAUUGGCGCCUACACGCCCGUCGAGUUCCUCAUCUCGUACUUUGCCGACGCCGCCAAGUCGCUCGGCCUCAAGACGCUGCUGGGCACCGAAGUGGCCAAGGACGCCGAGCUCGGAAAGGACCUCCGCCUCGUCCGCAGCGGAAAGGCCCUGUGGGCCCUCAACUACGGUCCCGAGGCCGUCGAGCUCCCCGCCACGCCCGAGGGCGCAGAGCUCGUCCUGGGCGGCGCCGACGGCAAGGUCGCCCCCGCCGACGUCGCCGUCUGGAAGCUGCCUUGA